GUGUGGAGGUAUUGGUAUUGGUUUAUUAUUGUCACUUGUACCGAGGUACAGUGAAAAACUUGUCUUGCAUACCGAUCGUACAGAUCAAUUUAUUACACAGUGCAGUUACAUUGGGUUAGCACAGAGUGCAUUGCGGAAUAGAACUAAUGGAAUUGCUCUUUUGGGAACUGGCAUUAAUCUGAUGGGUCAAAUUGCCUCCUUUUGUAUUAGAGUCAAAGAAUUAUACAGUAUAGAAACAGGCCCUUCGGCCCAACUUGUCCAUGCCGACCAAGUUGCCGACCUGAGCUAGUCCCACUUGCCUGUGUUUGGCCCAUAUCCUCUAAACCUUUCCUAUCAAUGUACCUGUCCAAAUUACUUUAAAAUUUUGUAAUUGUACCCACCUCGACCACUUCCUCUGGCAGCUCAUUCCAUAUGCUAAUCACCCUCUGUGUGGAAAAAGUUGUCCUCAGAUCCUCUUUAAAUCUUUCCUCUCUCACCUUAAACUUAUGCUUUCUGGUGUUAGACUCCUCUAUCCCGGGAAAAAGGCUAUGAGCAUUCACCGUAUCUGUGCUCCUCAUGAUUUUAUAAACCUCUAUAAGGUCACCCCCCCAGCCUAUCCAGUCUCUCCUUAUAACUCAAGCCUUCUAGUCCCAGUAACAGCCUUGUGAAUCUUUUCUGCACCAUUUCCAGCUUAUGACAUCCUUCCUCUAGCUAGGUGACCAGACUGCACACAAUACUCCAAGUGCGGUCUCACUAACAUCUUGUAUAGCUGUAACCCAAGGGCCCAAGUAAGUAUUGGACAUCUUCAAGAGGUGGUGCCUCAAGAGGGCGGCAUCCAUCACUGAGGACCCUCGCCAUCCGGGACAUGCCCUCUUUCUUUGCAUUACUACCAUUGGGGAUGUGGUACAGGAGCCUGAAGACCCACACUCAAUGUUUUAGGAACAGCUUCUUCCCCUCUGCCAUCAGAUUUCUGAACAGUGCAUAAACCUAUGAACACGACCUCAUUAUUCCUCUUCCACUAUUUAUUUAUUUAUGUAACUUAUAGUAAUUUUUAUGUCUCACACUAUACUGCUGCUGCAAAACAACAAAUUUCAUGACAUAUGUCAGUGAUAAUAAACCUGAUCCUGAUUCUGUAAAUACAAGGGAUGCAUUUGUUUCUAAUUUUCCUUCGGCUCCCGAAGUGUUAAACUACAUAUAAUGGGAGUAUGGAUUAGACUCAGAAGUACAGAAACAAGAUCUUCUGCCCAGAAAUCCACGCUGACCACCAGACACCCAUCUAAACUCACAUUUUAUUCUCCUCACAUUCGAUCGACUCCACCCAGAAUCUCAAAUUAAAAAAAGUCAAAAUGUUGAAAACACUCAAGCCAGGCAGCAUCUGUGGAGCAAGAAAUGCAGUUAACUUUGAAGUUUAAGUCACCUAAGAGGUUAACUCUGCUUCUGUCUCUGCAGGUGCUGUGCAAUCUGCUGAGUUUUCCAAUGUUUUCUUCUUUAAAUUUCAGACCCUGAAUAAAAGAUAGUUAAUAAUAACUUUAACAAAAUCAAGAAGAAACUUGUUUACUCAGAGAAUGGUUGAUUCCUUUUAAGUUAUUGGUAACUAUCUUUUAUCCAUGGUCUGAAAUUAAAUAAAAAGUUGGAAAUACUCAGCAGGUCAGGAAGCAUCUGUGGAGCAAGAAAUGCAUUUAACUUUGAAGUGUAGGUCACCGGAAAAGUUAACUUCGUUUCUCUCUCAACAGAUAUUACUUGUCCUGAUGGGUAUUUCCAACAGUUUGUUUUGUUUUUAAUUCAGAUUCCCAGCAUUUUUAUGAUUCUGUGUUCACAUGGUCCACACUUCUCAAUUUUCCCGCGGGCGGAAACAUUCUCUUCAUCUGCGUCGUCCACUCUAGAUCAUUAUUUUAUCAAGGUCUCCUUUUUUUUAACUAAGAAAAUUCUCUUUGUAGAAUGACUGAAAUAGAAUAAACACCGAAGUGUUGAUAUUUGUGCUUGAAAUGGGAAAGAAUUGGUCGUUUGAAAUUGAGCAAAUCGUCGUUGUCGUGGCUAUCCCUCGAGGUCAAGGACGAUGGUCUUCGUUCCGUUGAUUUACUUAUGGGCCCUCAAGUGGCCUAUGAGUCCAGUCUCGGCUCUGAAAGUUCUUCCGCAUUCAGGACAGGUGGUUCCAUAUGGCAGAUCGGGCUUUGGUUGCUGCUGCCUCUCUUUCCAUUUUCUUCUCUUUUCUUCUAAUUCUGCACAUCUGUUGCCUUUGAAAUUUGCUGUUCCUUCUCAGAUGAUGGUUUGCCAGAGUUUCCUGUCCUUGGCAUUGGUUUCCCACUUGUUGAUGUCGAUGCUACAUUUCUUCAUGUUGGCUUUUAAGACGUCUUUGAAUCUCUUCUGUUGUCCGCCUCUUUUAUGUUUGCCUACUUUAAGCUGGGAGCAGAAGAUUUGUUUCCACAGACGUUGGUCUUUCAUCUGAACAACAUGACCACUUCAUCUUAGUUGGUUCUUGAUAACGUUGGCUUCAACGCUUGUCGUUUUUGCUUCAUUUAGCACGCUGACGUUGGGUCUUCUAGCUAAAACUACAACUUCCAGAGGCCCUUGCGUCAGGGAGUCCCGCCCCUCUCGUCUAUAAUUGGCCAACUGGUCGGGCCACGUGACAGGAAGCGUCCCCAAACGUGAUUAAAUAUUAAUUAAAAAUCAUUUCAAUCGCCGACUUUAUCAGGGAAGCGAGUUCGGGAUCGAUCGCUAUGCCGUUUCCGAUCGGGCGACAGCUGGCUUUCCUUCUGGCCCGGAGGAGGAGCUGGGAGCGGCGCGGGCCGCGGUCGGUGAGCGCGAGCCAGCAGCGGGCGGCCGGUUCAAACGCCUCGCGCGGCCAACGGCCGCCCGCGUGCCCGCUGUUGUCCGCCGGUCGCCCGGGCUCGCGCCUGCGCCUGCGCCACUCGCCGGCGAGCGCCGUCACCUGCGCCUCUCUCUCCACCUCCUCCGCCAGCAGCAUGGCUUCCAAGGAGUUUAACCCAACUUUCCCCACCACCGACUGGAGUGUGGCCAAAAAGCACUUAAAGGAACUUGAUCAUACAGAGAGAAGAAGUUACUACAAAGCAGAAAGAUUUGUCAUCCUUGAUGAAAUUCAAACAUGGAAGGACUUUUCUACGGAAGAAAAGUUGAAACAGCCAGUAACACACUACAAGAAGAAUGAUGUUCUGAAUGAAAAGGUUUCACUCUUGCAGGAGGAUAUCACAAAGCUGGAAAUUGAUGCAAUUGUUAAUGCAGCAAAUUCUUCGCUGAUGGGAGGAGGUGGAGUGGACGGCUGUAUUCACAUGGCAGCAGGGCCCCUAUUGAGCAAGGAAUGCAGUACGCUCGGCGGGUGCAGUCCAGGAGAUGCUAAAAUUACCAGUGGCUACUGCCUGCCUGCCAAGUAUGUCAUUCACACAGUGGGACCCAUCGUGCAGGGGAAGGAAAGACUUCCGGAGAAGGUGCUGCAAAGUUGCUAUGUCACAAGCCUGAAACUUGCCAGUGACAAUAACCUGCGAACCAUCGCUUUCCCCUGUGUGUCAACUGGAAUUUAUGGUUAUCCCAACGGACAAGCUGCAGAAACUGUCUUAAAGACUGUCAGACAAUAUCUGGAGGAACACAGAAACUCAUUUGAUCGCAUCAUAUUCUGUGUCUUCUUGAAAAUUGACUAUAUGCUGUACAAAGAAAAGAUGCCAUUUUACUUCCCAUUUGAUGCUGUUUCUCCUGGGUCUCCAAAGGAAAAAUCCAAGUCUGCUGAUAAAGAUGAAAAGCAAACCGAGAAUACACUGAAACUCGGGAACGGCCAAGGUGCCAAGUGACAGAGCUGGCUUUAAGAACAGCGUCAGUGAAGGAUGAAGCCCUCAUUAUAAGAAGAAAACUGGAACUGAGGACACAGCACGAGAUAUAUUCCUCAUGGCUUCCAUUUUAAUUCCUCUCUACCGAUUUCUGAUUUACAAGCGGAAGAUUUAUGCUGCAUGAAAAUUAUAUCAGCUAUAAAUUCUGGGUUAUGAAGCACACUCACUAUUGAAAUCAUACACUGAUAGCAGGAAAUGUCUAAAGGGGUGAUUACAAUGUUUUUAAAUUCUCUAUGUUACUCCUUGAUGUCUUUCCAUAUUCUGAAUCUGGCUUUUCUGUCCAUUUACAUUUCUCCAACCCCACCCAUCUUGGCAAAGAUUAUAGUUAAUGUGACUCCCACUAUCAGCAGUUUUCUUAAAAAUCACAAGCUACUUAUCCGUUGUUUCCUCUGUAGCUCUUUCCCAAUUAUAAAUUCCCUCCCACUGACCCAUUAUUCUCCAUGUAACUACACAGGCUGACGGGUAGUGCUGCUGCCUCACAGCUCCAGUGACUUGGGUUCAAUCCUGACUUCUGAUGUUGAAUGUGUGGAGUUCGCACAUUCUUCCUGUGACCGCCAGGGUUUCCUCCCACAUCCAAGAACAUGCAGAUUGGUUAAUUGGUCCCUGUAAAUUACCCCUGGUGCACAUGGGAGGGAGAGUGGGAGAAUUAGUGUGGAGUUGAUGGAAUGUUAAAGGAAAUAUGUUACUGGGAAGUACGUGGGGGGAAUGGGAUUGGUGGGAUUGAUCUCAGAGCCAGCAUAGACUCAUUGGCCUCUUCCUGUGAGGUAAGAGAAUAUAGAUGUGAACAUUUACUGUGUCCAUCAUCCUCUGUGUAAUGGCCCGUUCUGUUACAUAAUUUGGGGAAGGACAGUCCCCAUCAAUGCUGGCUGGUAGUUAAACGGUAAAGAUCACCAUCACAAUGGACAGAGAGAUGGAGGCUGGCUGCUGUUUGAGAUCUAACCUUCAUGACACUUACUCACUGACAAAUUGAGAGAAUCCCCCAAACCCGUUUCAUUGCCUCCCCUCCCUUGAUAACAGACAAUGCUGGAAAUACCCAACAGGCCAGGUGGCAUGUGUGGUGAGAGAGAACAGAGUUAGUGUUUCAGAUUCUGUUGAAAGGUCAUUGAUCUGAAAUGUUAAUCCUUUUCUUUCUCUUUGGAUAUCUCCAGCAUUUUCUGUUUUUAUUUCAGAUCUCCAGCAUCUGCAGUUUUCUCUUUUACUUUUCAACGAAUGCUCAGACCUUUGUCCCAAUUAAAGACAAAUCUGUUUGAUAUCCUUCUUCUUGGUCUGAACGCAGCUUUUGUGCUUUGAUUGUUAUUUGAUUUUGAUGUCAUUGUAGCUGAUGGUUUGAUUCUGCAUUGAUAAAG